GCCGCCGCCCGCGGAGCCCGAGCCCGAGCCGCCGCCCCUCCUAGGCCGGGGCGUCGAGGAGCCGGCGGCGCGGCCAUGUGGGGCUAGCCCGCGCCGCGCCUGGCCUGCAGUAGGACCGGCAACAUGGAGGCGGCCGUCGGCGCUUCCGACGGCGUGGACCAGGGCGGCGCGGGGCCCCGCGAGGACGCGACGCCGAUGGACGCCUAUCUGCGGAAACUGGGCUUGUAUCGGAAACUGGUCGCCAAGGACGGGUCGUGCCUGUUCCGAGCCGUGGCGGAGCAGGUAUUGCAUUCUCAGUCUCGCCAUGUGGAAGUCAGAAUGGCCUGUAUUCACUAUCUUCGAGAGAACAGAGAGAAAUUUGAAGCGUUUAUAGAAGGGUCAUUUGAAGAGUAUUUAAAACGUUUGGAAAAUCCACAGGAAUGGGUUGGACAAGUGGAAAUAAGUGCCCUUUCUCUUAUGUACAGGAAAGAUUUUAUAAUUUAUCGGGAACCAAAUGUUUCUCCUUCACAAGUAACUGAAAAUAAUUUUCCUGAAAAGGUAUUACUGUGUUUUUCAAAUGGAAAUCAUUAUGAUAUUGUCUAUCCCAUAAAGUAUAAAGAGAACUCUGCAAUGUGUCAAUCUCUCCUUUAUGAAUUGCUGUAUGAAAAGGUGUUUAAAACUGAUGUUAGUAAAAUUUUGAUGGGGCUAGACACCUCUGAAGUAGCUGAUGAAAACAACAGUGAAGUAUCAGAUUCAGAGGAUGACAGUUGCAAGAGUAAAACUACCACCGCUAAUGAUGUGAAUGGAGUUAAACCUUUGUCAAGUGAUCAGCACCCGAAAAACAAUGGGAACUCUCCUAGCCUUCCUUUGUCAAGAAAGGUUCUUAAGUCACUUAAUCCAGCAGUCUAUAGAAAUGUGGAAUAUGAAAUUUGGCUGAAGUCUAAGCAAGCUCAACAAAAACGUGAUUAUUCCAUUGCUGCUGGCUUACAGUAUGAAGUUGGAGAUAAAUGCCAAGUUAGGUUGGAUCACAAUGGAAAAUUUUCUAAUGCAGACUUUCAAGGGGUUCACUCUGAGAAUGGGCCAGUUUUGGUCGAAGAACUUGGAAAGAAACACUCCCCGAAGAACCUCAAACCACCUCCUUCAGAAAGCUGGAACACCGUAUCAGGGAAGAAGAUGAGAAAACCUACUUCUGGACAGAAUUUCCACUCUGACAUGGAUUACAGAGGGCCAAAGAAUCAAAGCAAGCCAAUAAAAGCUCCAUCAGCACUACCUCCUCGACUCCAGCAUCCUUCAGGAAUAAGACCACAUGCAUUCUCUAGUCAUUCUGCAGGGGCACAGUCUCAGAAACCCUCCAAUGAGCACAAAAAUCUUAAUAGGACACCCUCACAGAUCAUAAGAAAACCUGAUCGUGAGAGAGCUGAGGAUUUUGAUCACACGAGUCGAGAAUCUAACUAUUUUGGCCUCUCCCCAGAAGAGCGCAGAGAGAAGCAAGCUAUAGAAGAAUCUCGUUUACUGUACGAGAUUCAGAACAGAGAUGAACAGGCUUUCCCAGCCCUUUCCAGCUCAUCAGUCAGUCAGUCAGCUUCUCAGAGUAGCAACCCAUGUGUCCAGAGAAAAUCAUCACAUGUAAGUGAUAGAAAAGGAAGCAGGCGGAGAAUGGAUACCGAAGAACGGAAAGAUAAAGACUCUGUCCAUGGACAUUCGCACUUGGAUAAAAAACCUGAGCCAAGCACAUUGGAGAAUGUUAGUGAUGAGAAAUGUACAAGAGUUUCAUCACCAUCAAAGUCAAAGAAAUUAGAAUGCCCACCUGCAGAGCAAAAGCCAGCAGAACACGUGUCUUUGUCAAAUCCAGCUCCCCUUCUAGUUUCUCCAGAGGUACAUCUAACUCCUGCGGUGCCUUCUUUACCAGCCACUGUGCCAGCCUGGCCAAGUGAACCUACAACUUUUGGACCAACAGGUGUCCCUGCUCAAAUUCCUGUUUUGUCAGUGACACAGACUCUGACUACUGGACCUGAUUCUGCUGUGUCCCAAGCUCAUUUAACACCCUCUCCAGUUCCUGUGUCAAUACAGGCAGUUAACCAGCCCUUGAUGCCUUUGCCUCAGACGUUGAGCCUUUACCAGGACCCACUCUACCCUGGGUUUCCUUAUAAUGAAAAGGGAGAUCGAGCCAUUGCACCACCUUAUUCACUGUGUCACACUGGGGAGGACCUGCCUAAAGAUAAGAACAUUCUUCGAUUCUUCUUUAAUCUUGGUGUAAAGGCGUAUAGUUGUCCUAUGUGGGCCCCACAUUCUUACCUGUACCCUCUGCACCAGGCCUACCUGGCAGCCUGCAGGAUGUACCCAAAGGUCUCUGUCCCUGUGUAUCCUCCAAAUCCUUGGUUCCAGGAAGCUCCUUCUGCUCAGAAUGAAAGUGAUUGUACCUGUACCGAUGCACACUUUCCUAUGCAGACUGAGGCCAGUGUUAAUGGUCAGAUGCCACAGGCAGAGAUUGGACCACCAACAUUUUCUUCACCUCUGGUCAUCCCUCCAUCUCAGGUGUCUGAAGGUCACGGACAGUUGUCUUACCAGCCUGAUCUUGAAUCUGAAAACUCUGGGCAGCUUCUUCAUGCUGAAUAUGAAGAGUCACUAAGUGGCAAGAAUAUGUUCCCACAACCGUCCUUUGGACCUAGUCCAUUCUUAGGCCCAGUUCCUAUUGCACCUCCUUUCUUUCCUCAUGUUUGGUAUGGAUACCCUUUUCAGGGAUUUAUAGAAAAUCCAGUAAUGCGGCAGAAUAUUGUUCUGCCCUCUGAUGAGAAAGAAUUGGAUCUCCCCCUGGAAAAUCUGGAUCUGUCUAAAGAAUGUGGUUCAGUUUCAGCAGUGGAUGAGUUUCGGGAGGCUAGAGGCGAAGGCACACAUUCUCUCCCUGAAGCUAGUAUGAGUAAGCGUGAGGGCCGAGCGGAGCAGUCAUCCCAGACACCUAAGGCAGAUCUGGCAUCGGCUACCAUCCCUCCUGUAGCAGAGGAAAAGGCUCAUCUUCCCACUCAGAUUCUAAACCGAGAGAGAGAAACUGUGCCUGUUGAGCUUGAGCCUAAGAGGACCAUUCCAAGUCUGAAGGAGAAGUCAGAAAAAGUGAAAGAUCCUAAGAUUGCUGCUGAUGUGGUCAGUGGGGCCAACUCUGUGGCUAGCAGAGUGCAAAGACCAAAAGAAGAGAGUUCAGAAGAUGAAAACGAAGUAUCUAAUAUUCUGAGAAGUGGUAGAUCCAAGCAGUUUUAUAAUCAGACUUAUGGAGGCAGGAAGUACAAAAGUGAUUGGGGCUCUUCUGGUAGAGGAGGUUAUCAACAUGCGCGAGGUGAGGAGUCCUGGAAGGGGCAGCCAAGCAGAAGCCGAGAUGAAGGUUAUCAGUACCAUCGAAAUGUCCGAGGACGGCCUUAUCGGGGGGAUAGGAGGAGGUCUGGGAUGGGAGAUGGCCAUCGGGGACAAAACACUUGACGGUCGCUGCUGUGGUAUUUUAGAGCAGAAACCUCUUCUUAGGUGGAAUGUUUCUGAAGGCUUUAACAAAAUCAUUAAAUAAAAACCCACAUUGGAACUAUCUCCUCCCCUCCCCCUUCACCCUCACUCCCAUCCUGGACAAGAGAUUUUGGAUAUGCGUUCAAGGGGCAGGUGAAUUCCUGGCAUUGCCAUUUUUCUUUGUUCAAAAUCUGUUUAUCAGGUAGCUGCCCCCAUAAAAAGUAGAAAAUAAGUUUGUUAAAGUAUUUUUUAUAAACAGCUUAAUAUAAAACUUAGAUUUAGUGUUUGGUUUUUUUCCUUACAUAAGUUUAAUUUCAGAUGUUGGAAAUGUGUGCUUUAUAGUGUUUACUAAAGUGACAAGAAAAAUAUACCAUUUGACACACUAUAGAUUCCAAAACAUAACAUUGCACCAAAUAGAAAUGUAUAUUUUAUUAUGCAAUGCCUUAGUCAUAAACUGGGCUCAAAUGAUUCUUAGCCUAAAACACUGUUGUCUUUUGAAAUGCUUCCAACCCAAAGGCCUUUCAUCUCAAUAUCUGUCAAACUUGAAUAAUGUCUUCUCUUUAAUAUUACACAUAAGGCAGCCUAUUAACCUGUGUCUUAGAAAUGUUGUAUAUAGUUCUUUUAAUAUUCAUAGGGUAUAUUUUUGAAUUUUGGUGAGUAUUUGUUGAACUUGAGAUCGCAUACAAGACAGAUGUUUAAGAAAUAAUAGGAAAUCUAAUGAAAUGGCUGUUUCCACCAAGAAUUCCUAGCACUGGUGUAAAUAUCAUGGUGCCUACUUGAAAGAAAUGUAGAUGCUAUGCAUUUUGAAAAUAAUCUGCAUCUGUUAAAACUGCAGAAGUUUUUUAAUGCCACUUUAACACUAAUGCACUGACAGAUUUAAAUAUUUUGUGAGAAGAAAUGUUAAAAAAUUUUUAGCUUGACAGGUUUCUAUGGAGUUACUGUGUUUUGUUUUUCUCUUUGCACCAUUGGUUAUGUGUAUCACUUUACAUUUGCAUGUUCUACUUGUCACAUGCCUGGGACUAUUGUACAAAAAAAGGAUGAUUGUGAUUUCUAGUUCUUUUCUAGAGGAUGCUGCUAGAAAAUGGUUGCUUUGCAUUGUAUAGCGUAUUACCCCUUCUGUAACAUCUCUCUUCUGAUCCUGCUUCUUUUUGGUCUUUGCAGUAUUUAUGGAAAUUCCCUUUGCCUGUUGCACUCUCUUCUCAGUUGGAGAUUUAACUCUGAAUCAACACAGUAUUCAUGCAUCUGUGUUUAUGUUUUCUUUUGGUCAGGAAGUUUGAGUGCUAUGCAAAUGAUGUAGUAAUUUCCCUUUGCAUGCCAUGUGUAAUAUACCUAGCCAAAAAUAGAUUUUUUUUUUUAAACGGCAAAUUACUUUUAAAAGCAAAUACAAUUCACUUGAAUUUGACAAACUGAAGCAGAUGAGUUCUCUGGGUUCUUCGAUUACCCACAGGAAUGUUUGGAUGCCAGCUAGGCUCAGUUGAAUCUCCACUGUACUGUAAUAAUGGUUAUUUACCUCUGUGUUGUUUUAAUUACCUAAUGUCUGUGUAACUGCUGAUUUGAGUAGCGAUUAGUAUUUAGAUGUUUUGUGACAUAGGAUUUUAGAGAGCACUUUGGAAGAUAACAUUUUAUUAUGAUGGUGCUAGGUAGAAAUUUGUAAAGAUGGAUGGUCUUGUGGAAAAGAAAAAAAAUUUGAGAGAACUUGUUGAAAGGAAUUUCUGUUGUCAUCUUCUAAGCCAGAACAAUUGGGGAAAGUACUGCUGAAGCCAUUUUUAUCUUAGUUAACAGAAACAGUUAUGGAAUCAGAUUAUAGGGUCCUCCACUUUCAGCUCAUUAUUUUUUAUAUGUCAUAUUAGCUUACCUGAUAAUUGUUAUGAAAACACAUUUAGAUUAUAAUGACUAGAUUUUAAUGUUCAAAGACGUUUGAUCUCAGGAGUCCAAAAGAAAUUGCUCUUCCCAGUGUCUUUGAUCUUCUGACUGAGAUUUGAUCGAUUUCUUCUGGACACGUCUCAAAAUUGGAUAGGAAAGAAUAUCAUUCAUGUUUUUACUGUCCCUGUGUCUUACCUCAGUUAACAGAAUAUAUAGUUCUUGCAGGAAACACUGAUUUGCUUCCUGUUUCCCAUAUCUUAACUCCAGGACAUGACGGAAACAGUGCUGAACGAGAACUUUAGUAGCAGAUUGUACUUUACUCAGUGACCUCUGGACUAAAAGGAUUCUGACUUUUGAUAGUUUUAAAAUUACUAGUCUUUGCAUGAAGGUCAGUUUUUAUUUUCCCUUUAGUUUUGUUUUAAAUGUAUUAGUGCAGGGGAUUUUGCCUUAUACUGCGCUCAAAUUAGGGCCAAGCAAGCUUUUGUCCUCCUUCAUUUUAACUGAGUCAUAAGGUAUGUUGCUAUGAGAUACAACGUUCCUGUAUAAGAGAAAAACAAAAGCUUAGAAAUGAGAAUCAUUUGUAUUUUGAGUUAGAAAUUAUGGAACUUCACCAUAUUACGAUUAUACACAUUUUCAAGAACAGAUGUUUAGAAUGACCAAAGCUCACCUGUUCAUUUUAGUUAGUUGCUUUUGCUGAACUUGAUUCCUGUCCCUUUCCUUUUAGCGUCGUGUAUAUUUCUCUUCCAGUCGUUUCCUCGUUUCCUCUCAGAUACAUCUUCGGCUCUUGUUCCACGCAGUCGGUGGCAGCAGGAUGCCAGCAUCUGUGCAGUCCUUGUCUUGUUUCCUGGUAACCCAUAUGUUCAUUUUCAUGGCUGACCUAAGCUCAGAACCUGCCUUGACCUGGCAGGAGUAGGUCUUCCCAAACCACGAUGCUGACAACAGCUUAUUUGAUGCAAACUAUGUAUAUUCUUGCAGUGUGUUUCCUUUGUGACUCAAGGUUGAAUUAAAAUGCCUGUGAACUGCAAACUUGCUAAUGAUUGACUUGGUGCAAUAAAGUUCCUUUCUGACCAUUUCUGGUUUAGAAAACAUUCAGCCAUCCUAGAAACUAGCAAUAUUUAUUUAUGCCUCAUUUAUUUUACCUUUGGUUUUAGAUGAGGUAACCUUAGUCUUUCACUUAUGGGUACUAAGCAAGGUCCAUUUUAGUGUAGCUGAAGAGAAUGCAUAUUUGGCUACACGAUUUCUGUUUACUGUAUUUUGCUUCCUAUUUAAUGUCUAAAUACUAUUAUGUUUUUGUUUAAAAUCUUAGUAAUGGCUCAGUUCCAAUAUGUCAUUUUCAAAGAACUAAGGUUUUGCUACUAGUGUCAGCCAUUUACUCUCCCGCUAAUUGGGAUUUCCCACUAAAUGGGAAUUUUUUUCCCCCCUGAAAUACAAGUUUUAGAAAAUCUUAGAAGAGGGGUGGGUGCAUGUCUUAAUGCUGGGAAACAGCAACUUUGGGGUUGAGUUUACUUGAAUGGAUUAAAAAUUGCAUUGUUACAGAGCUAGAAGAAAAUUUAUGUAUGAAAAAUGAUAAUAGCCUUACACUGAGUACAAAUAAUACUUAAAAGCAUGUGAAGAUGUGAUUAUUUGUGAUGUUACUUGUAAAAAAAAAAGUAUAUAUACAUAUCUUUUGAAGUGUUGAAAGGAAAAUAGUACUUUAUAUUCUUUAUCAUAUCACUUUUUGUAAGUGUUGGAUAUAUUCCUGUUUAUUUUUCUAUGUUCUGUUUUGUAGCCUUAAGAAGUGUUUCAAACAUAUCUGAAUGUAUAAAAUAAGAGUAAAUGCCCUACAUGGUGUGAUGCUGCAUUAUAUAUAAAACUGUGUGCAUAUAUUAAAUUUUGUCUCUUGAU